GGGGGGCGUAGCUCAACACAGCCAGUCUAGCUGAGUCCCGAGCAUUGUAAACGUCAAGCUGCAAGAGAUCUAACUCGUUAUCUAAUUAUCGCCUAUUUGUUCUAAAGGUGCUUUCUCAUCAAUUUGCAGCUCUCAAAGGUGAGCAUUUUCGCACCUGUAUAAGCAUUCAGCCGACAAGACAACAGUAACAGAGCUGGAGCUGUAUUCAGCCCGCAAGACAACAGUAAACUGAGCUGGAGCUGUAUUUAGCUAGCAAGACAACAGUAAACUGAGCUGGAGCUGUAUUCUGUGAGCUGAUCUGCUACCCAGUGUGUCUUGAUGAGUAUGACUCACGGUUCAAAUGGUGGUAAAGGAAGCGAUGAAGCCCCCCCACCAAGACCCCCCUCACAGCAGAGCAGUGGUAGCUCUGGAGGGUCCAAGCUUAAGUGUAUCGGGAGAUACGUGUUCUCUGGGGUCACAUUGGGGAAAGGAAACUUCGCAAGAGUUGAAUCUGCUUUCCAUACGAUCAUACAAGCAAAGGUUGCAAUAAAGAUCAUCGAGACUGACAAAAUAAAAGAGGAUUACGUUCGGAAGAAUCUGCUUCGUGAAGCACAGCUAAUGAGACGAUUGCACCACCCAAACAUCAUCAGGCUCUAUGAGACGAUGAAGACGAGUAAUCUGUACUGUCUUGUGACUGAGAUAGCGGAUGGAGGAGAACUUCUCUCGUACGUUCGCAACGAUUUCAAGGAAAGACGACUCACUGAAGCUACCGCAAGGCCCUUCAUUAGACAGCUUGUUUCGGCUCUCGAUCAUCUUCACAGCACGGGCAUAGUUCAUCGGGAUCUCAAGAUGGAAAACAUUUUACUCGACAAGAGGAAGAGAAACAUCAAAAUCGUUGAUUUUGGUCUGAGCAACUCCACAAAGCCUGGCAGUCUUCUCCAGACACACUGUGGAAGUCCUGAGUACGCCGCACCUGAACUCUUCAUUCCAGGACGAGAGUACGGCCCUGAGGUUGAUGUCUGGAGCUUGGGUGUCAAUCUGUACGGCAUGUUGGUGGGAAGGCUUCCGUUCCGAUCUCCUCGUCAAGGCUCAAAGAGACGCCAGAAACUUCUCGAACAAAUCACAGGAGGUAUUAGUGAAUUCCACGAGAAAGAAAUGGCACACGUCUCAAUUGGAGCAAAAGAUUUGAUAAAUCGACUACUUCAGCCGGAUUCUCGAAGACGAGCUCAGCUGCAUGAGGUAAUGCAACAUCCUUGGGUCACAAAGAAUGGUGAACAUCCGCUCUUGCCCUACGAGGAAUCACCUAUCGAUUCUGCAACCAAGGCUUAUUUGAUCGAUCUAAUGUCCUCUAACUUGGGAGUGAGUUCGUUUGAUGUGAAAGAUGCUGUAAAACGGGAUCGCUGUGACUGGUUGGCAGCUAUCUACAACCUCCUCAUUGACCAACCAGAGGGUCGAAACCACAUCCAGCAAGCAAACGAAGACCCUGAAAACCAACUGGUGGAUGCACAGCACUAUCAAGGAUCUAUGGAGCAUUUCCGACUGAGUCAAGCCGACUCACUGGAUGCUUCUUCUGGGGUAACUGGUGCUGUGGUUAGUACCAAAGGUCAAGGACGAAGCUAUCGACACUCACAAGCACUGUCUCAAACCCACCCUCAAUCUCAGCCUGAAAGCAGUGAGUACGUCUCUUCAACUCUCCCGCUGACCAAGCGAGAAAAGAAGCAUCACCGAUCCCAGGAAAGCCGCCAGCUUGGCCCUCCACGAGUGUUAAACCCUCUGCAACCCCCCGGCUUCAAUAGACGAGCCUCUAUUGCUAAUCCUUACGACACACCCAAUCAUCAGACACCGUAUCAGUCUAGUCGUGAUCCCAUACUCUCCCACUACUACCAUCAACAGCCUUCUGAAAAGAGGCGCUCAAGUUCGAGAGGGAGGCGUCUCCCGUCCACUCCCGCUGAGGAGCCCUAUCACAGAGCGUCACGAGAACCUCCUAGGUCUCACUCGAGAGCUGAAUCGAUGCCAGACCCUCUACCACUGCCCUGGAGACAGAAUAUUGCUACGAUGUCACAACUGGCAAGAUCCCCUCUACCAGAAACCACCACUCCACCACCGAAAUCUAGCUCACCCCGGGAUGAAACCAGACACAGCUCUCAAAAUGAAUCAUCAGUUUCGCCACUUGGGCAACUAAAACCGAACAAAAAAAGUUUGAAACCAAUUCGCCCCAAAAGUCAUUCCCUGGGCAGCAAAAGUUUAUCGCGUUCAGUUGAUACGAAUCUGCACCAGAGAAUGCAUGACGUGUCCCGUCAACACACCAGGUCUGUCAUGUGGCCUCCGCAGACUCAACAAAUCGGUCCCUUGCAAAAAAUAAGCACCAAUGGGAGGUCAAGUGUUGGGAACGGCUGGCAAAGUCCAAACGGUAUUCACAGCAAGAAGGCUCUUCCUAAAGACAUCCAAGGUCUAAUGGAGGAGAAAUCUACCACUCCACGUUCUGCGUACACCUCAAUUCAAGACAUACCCCAAGAAUUGAACCAACUCGAGGAAAACGGAUCGAUUGUCAGUGUUGAUAUACAGCCCGAACUGUUCAAACCUCUUCACUAUGAAUUACAUCAUGAUAUGUCCAAGCACCAGCAGCACCCCCUAAACUUGCACAUGAACUCUGGGGAGACGUUAAAAGUCGACCCGAUAUCCGGAGCCGAAGUCUCCCACUAUCGCAGUCACACUCGCCAGCCGCACUCCAGGAGUACCUCCGCUAGGCUACCGUCUCCCGGUUACCAGGGGAAACGACUCGAUAUGGCUUCACCUUCUGGUUAUGCGAGCGCAGAAAUGAUGUAUCACCAUCACCAUAGCAAUGGCGAUAUCUACCACAAUGACCACGAACAGGCAUUAAGGAAUAGUGGUCAAAAGAGCAGUACUGGUGGGAUUCUGGGAAAAGCAUUCAAGUUCAAGAACUCCAAACAGAAGAGCGCCAGCACUACUCUUCACCCUAAAGCACUCUGACUUGCACUAACUAAUUACUAUAAUAACAUGUAGAGAUAUUUUUGCACUUUCCAUUAUGUUUUUUUGAUCAUACAUUAUACCUUUAAUUAUUUAAUUUGUGUCUGUGUGUGUGGAUGCAUGCUGUUUUUAUACCACCAGCCCUUGAGGUCUUUGUCAAUCAUAAUAACUAUGCUGUA